UUCAGUGGAUAAGUGAAAAUCCGUGAAGCUUAGGAUCAAACCAUGUCCAAAGCAACCACAAUUAAGGAGGCUCUGAAACGAUGGGAGGACCGUGAGCAGCAGAAUUCCCUCACGGCCAAGGACAUUGACUUGCAGUUCCAGUGGCCGCCCAUCGAGAAAAUGGACACCACCCUGGGCACCCUGGUGCAGUGCGAGCGCAUUAGCAUGUCCACGAACAUGAUUGAGAAGAUCUUUGGCUUGUCCGGUAUGAAGUGCCUCAAAGUGUUGUCCCUGUCACGCAAUUAUAUCAAGCAGAUUUCGGGUCUGGAAGCCGUGGCCGAGACCCUGGAGGAGCUGUGGCUAAGCUACAAUCUGAUAGAGAAAAUCAAAGGUCUCACUCCGCUCAAGUGCCUGAAGGUGCUCUAUAUAAGCAACAAUUUGAUCAAGGAUUGGUCCGAAUUCAAUCGUCUUGCCGAGAUAGAGUCGCUGCAGGAACUGGUUGUCGUGGGAAAUCCCCUCUCCGAGGGUCUGGACGAUGCCUCGUGGCGGGCGGAGUGCCUCAAACGCCUGCCCACCAUACGGAAACUGGAUGGCGAGCCCGUUGUCAACGAGGAGCCUCAGCUGUAAUUACAGCCUCCACUGUGUUAAUAAACUGUAUGA